ACUCUGCUUCUUCGGCUGAGCGCCUCACACUUCUCUCUCUCUCGCUCUCUCUCUCUCUCUUUCUCUCUCUCUUUCUAAAUCUCUCUCAGCCUCUCUCUCUUGUCUCUUUCUCUCUUGUCUGUUUCUCUCCCUCUUUCUCUCACUCUCUCUCUCUGCUUCUGCUGCAUAUACACUUAGUCCAUCACGUGAAGUGUGUAUUGUUGGACGUUGUGUAUGGGUGUGUGUGUGUGUGUCUGGUCAUGAGUCCUGGACUUCCGAGACCCGAGGAGAAGGCGAAGGAUUCGAUCGAUGGCAGCGUGGAUCAGAGUCUGGAGCGAGGGAUUGAUGGAGAAACUCCACCACCACUGAGAAACUACAUCUUUCUGACCAUUUUCACCUGCUUCUGUCCAGCAUGGCCCAUCAACAUCGUAGCGCUCGUCUUCUCCAUGAUGUCUCAGAGCAGCUACGAUAACGGGGAUUAUGACGGAGCUCACCGUUUGGGGAGAAAGGCUCUGCACAUGGGCAUCGCUUCAUUCAUCAUCGGCAUACUCAUAAUUAUGACCUUCUGCAUUGUACACUUCACUACGCACACCAUCUGAAGAGGAACGCAGAGGAAGCUGACCAGGAACAGACUCAGCAUGAGGUUCAGCGUGACCUCUGAAGGACUCGCAGGACAAAGCGGGACGUCUCGAUGUCUGGAGGCUCACUGACGCCCCCUGCAGCACUGUACAGUCGUUACGGCUAAUCUGUCAAAUUUUAUACAUUUCAAAGUUACGCUCUAAAACUCUGGCAAGUCUAGAACCUGGUGCAGAAGCUUGAGAGAAAAAAAACAGAUGUUUAUUUCAUACGUCUUCAUCGUGUCAUAGAGCCGGCAUUAAUCACAGCUAGCGUUAAAUACACACCUCAUCUCCACCUUCCUCCUACUGGCAAGAUAAUUGUCGAGAUUUUUGCAAAGCUUGAAAUAAACAACAGAAUUCAUUAAAGUAUUGCUAAAAUGUAAACAACAACAACGAUGAUUGAAAGAAAUAAAGGAUAAUUAUAUAAAUUCAGUUUUGUUUAAAGUUACCGUUCAGUAAGUAAAAUACAUGUAUGCAGUUUCACCUGUAAACCUGACAUAGCUGAUUAACAAAGACACGUUUGCUAGCUGGGGCUAUGCGGCUUUACACUGAAGCUACGAGGCUAAUCUAGCUAAGAGCUAAUGGAAGACUCUGUAGGUGACGUAGCUGCUCUUUCAUGUGUAUUUUUUUUAAAGUUUAUUGUAUUUAUUUCAGUAUUUUAAGCGUGAUCACACUGAGACUUCAGCUCUACACACAUCCAUCAUCAUUACACACUGAUUCUCACUGCGGAGCUCCAGGAUCAUUCAGAUUACAUCAUCAUACAGACCGUGAUUAACGUGAUUGAUGUGAUUAAUGAGAUUGAUUAAUGAGAUUGAUUAAUGAGAUUGAUUAAUGAGAUUGAUGAGUUUUAGAGGAUCAGAUGCUGUUGCUUUAAAUCACACGCUUCCUUAUUUUACACUUUUUGACAGCAAAUUUAUGUUUGUACAGAAAUCUUUUUUUUCUCUGUGACUGUGAUUUUUUUUAAAAUAACACGUGCAAUUUAUGAAUUUAAAUA